AUGGAUCCAUUCCGCUUCUCGUGGCUUCUGGCCCUAGUGUCUCUUGCUCAGUAUGUCUCUGCUCAACAGUCAGCACCCACGGCUUACACCGAUUCGUCCACUGGCAUCGUAUUCGACACAUGGGCCGCACGCAGCAUGACUUUCGGUUUCAGUUUCCCUUCAAAUGGGCAGACCACGAACGCAGAUGAGUUUAUUGGAUAUCUCAAUUGCGCCACUCCCAGCGGGAAGGGCACCGGAUGGUGCGGUCUCUCCUACGGCGGACCCAUGACAAACUCGCUCUUGCUCUUUGCUUACCCUCACGAUGGCGAUAUCCUUACUACCUUCAUGUGGGCUAACGCCCAGGUUGAGCCUGUGCCGUACAAGGGCAAGGCUACUCUGACCCAGAUCUCUUCCAAGAUCACUGACGAUGGCUUCACCCUGAUCUACCGCUGCCAGGGAUGUACUUCCUGGUCACAAGAUGGCAAUUCUGGUAAAUUGGCGACCACCUCCUCAAUUGCCGUCCUCGGUUGGGCCCACAGCAUCACGAAUGUGAUCGACCCUGAGUGCCCCCGUGAGGCUCGCAUGCUGCAGCAUGAAGACCAGAGCAUCUUCGGUGGCCAGCUCACUAGCAACGCCUUCAAUACUAAGUACGACACCUGGGCUAAGCUCGCCACUAAGGUUGUCGAGGGCACCUGCGACGGUGGUGGGGAGCCGACAUCCACUUCCAGUCAGCCUACUACACCACCCACCGGUAUCCCCAUCCCUGACGAGACAUAUGAUUACGUUGUUGUCGGCGGUGGUGCCGGUGGUCUUCCCAUCGCCGACCGUCUCAGCGAGGCUGGUAAGAAGGUCCUUCUCAUCGAGAAGGGGCCUCCAUCAUCUGGCCGCUGGGGCGGUACCCGUAAGCCAGACUGGCUACAAGGAACCAAUCUGACUCGCUUCGAUGUUCCCGGUCUAUGUAACGAGCUCUGGGUUGACUCUGCCGGCAUAGCCUGCCCCGAUACCGAUCAGAUGGCCGGUUGUGUUCUUGGCGGAGGUACUGCCGUCAACGCUGGUCUGUGGUGGCGUCCCAACCCAGCAGAUUGGGACUUCAACUUCCCCGAUGGCUGGAAGGCUAAAGACAUGGCCAAGUACGAGGAGCGUGUCUUUGCUCGUAUUCCUGGUACACGUUACCCAUCUAAGGAUGGCAAGCUCUACCUCGACCAGGGCUUCAAGGUCGUUGCCAAAGGACUCGACCAGGCUGGUUGGUCUGAAGUGAACAGUCUUGAAAAGCCGGCCGCAAAGAACCGGACUUAUACCCACCCACCCUUUAUGUUCUCCGGAGGUGAACGCGGGGGUCCCCUUGCUACCUAUCUCGUCUCUGCCAACUCGCGGAAAAACUUCAAGUACUGGACUAACACCCAGGUCAACCGUGUUGUUCGCUCCGCCGGCCACGUGACCGGACUUGAGGUCGAGCCCUUCGCUGGCGCCGGUUAUGCCGGUACCGUCAAGCUCACUCCCGAGACUGGUCGCGUAGUUCUUGCGGCUGGCACUUUUGGCAGUGCCAAGAUUCUCCUUCGCAGUGGUAUUGGCCCAGAGGACCAGCUCAACAUCGUUGCCAACUCUAGCCGCGAUGGUGGCUCCAUGAUCAAAAAAGAAGAGUGGAUCGACCUCCCCGUCGGCUACAAUCUCGAGGACCACACCAACACUGACGCAGUUAUCAAGCAUCCCGACGUUGUGUUCUAUGACUUCUAUGAGGCCUACGAUAACCCUUUUCCAGCUGAUGAGAAAUUGUACCUGGAUAAGCGCUCCGGCAUUCUCGCUCAAGCUGCCCCCAAUAUUGGCCCGAUCAUCUUUGACGAGAUUUCUGGUGCUGAUGGCCGCGUCCGCUCCAUGCAGUGGACCGCUCGCGUUGAGGCCAGUCUCGGCGAAACUAGCAACAAAUCCAUGACCCUUAGCCAGUACCUCGGUCGUGGUGCAAAGUCACGUGGGCGCAUGACCAUCACCAGUGCCCUCAACACCGUCGUCUCUGGUAACCCCUACCUCAAUGAUCCAGAAGACAAGAAGGCUGUUGUGACCGCCCUUGACAACCUUCGCAAAGCUCUCUCUGGCGUCAAAGGUCUGGAGUGGCUCCAACCCGCUCCUGGUGUCACCUCGCAGAAAUACGUCGAUGAUAUGGUCGUCUCGUGGAGCAAUCGCCGUGCGAAUCACUGGAUUGGAACCAACAAGCUUGGCAAGGAUGACGGUCGCCAAGGUGGUACCGCUGUUGUUGAUCUCAACACUAAGGUCUAUGGCACUGACAACCUCUUCAUCACUGACGCUUCCAUCUUCCCAGGCAUGGUCACCACUAACCCCAGUGCCUAUUUCGUCACCGCUGCAGAGAAGGCCAGUAAUGAUAUCCUUGCCCUUCCCGUAUCUAAGCCCCAGGGACAGUACGAGCAGUGCGGUGGCAGCAAGUGGAAUGGAAACAUGCAGUGUGGCAAGGGCUUCUACUGCAAGACGCUCAACCCCUUCUACGCUCAGUGCUACCCUAAUGCCUAA